AUGUAUCCGUCGAGUGGUGCCCCAAUGGCACAACCUCAAAAGCCAGAGACUUUCAUGCUCUCUAACGAGGCUCAACAGAGCCUGCCGCAGGAUGCGCAAGUCGCCCUGCAGCAAGUCGACAACCUCAAAUACUUCCUCAUAUCUGCACCCGUGGACUGGAGUCCGGAUUCUCUCAUCCGAAGAUUUCUCCUUCCCACAGGCGAAUAUGUUUCUUGUGUUUUAUGGAACAACCUUUUCCACGUUUCUGGCACAGAUAUUGUCAGAUGUCUGUCAUUUCGCUUUCAGGCAUUUGGCCGACCAGUAAAGAACCCCAAGAAGUUCGAGGAAGGCAUUUUCUCCGACCUGCGCAACCUGAAGUCAGGCACAGAUGCAUCACUGGAAGAGCCGAAAAGCCCCUUCCUCGAUUUCCUAUACAAGAACAACUGCAUUCGCACGCAGAAGAAACAAAAAGUCUUCUACUGGUACAGCGUUCCACAUGAUCGUCUAUUCCUCGAUGCCCUCGAGAGAGAUCUCAAACGUGAGAAGAUGAACCAGGAGGCAACCACUAAAGCCGUGGCAGAGCCAGCUCUGUCAUUCGAGUUUGACUCCUCGCAGUCACUUUUUGAGCAAUUGACAAAGGCUCAGCAAGCAAGCUCUUCAUCUUUUGCAACUGCAAAUGCAAAUGCAUACUCUCAAUCCACAUCCCCCGUCCUCCGCGCCACAGAUUCCAUGCCUCCACCGCAGAUGGUGCCCCCCCAUCCCCAGAUGUCUCGUUCCCAGGAGCCCUCACAGCAUAUGUACGCAAAUCUGGGUCUGCAAACAAGUAUGCCCACGUCCAUGUCGAGUGUUGCAAUCUCGCGAGAGCCCGAUUAUUCUCAUGCUGCAUAUGACCGUGGUGCUCUUGCCUAUGAUCGAACUCACAUGCGUCAUACAUCGAUGCCAGCAUACAUGGAAUAUUCGCCUGCUCCUUCAUUCGUGUCGUCCCAUUUCGAGGACUACAGCACCCGUGGCUUGUCUUACGAACCAAUCACUCCUCCACAACACCAAGUGCCUGUGGGUGCCGAGCCUGCUUACAUUGCCAACGAGGAUACUGGUCUCUACUCGGCUAUUCCUGAAAUGCAACCCAUGCAAACAUACAACCCAAUGGCCUCCUUGCCACCAUCAACACUUUCGGGGCCUUCUUAUGCCACCGCACCUCGAGCGUUUCCUCCAGCCAAUGUCUACUCUGUGAUUGAGGGUUCUCCCACCUACAAGGCACGCAGGCGCAGAUCUUCUAUUCCCUCUUCUAUCAUGAAUGCCGUUGCCGCCAACGCAGUCGCUCAAGUAACACAUGGCAUGAAGGCACAUAUGCCUCAACGUCCAAGCGAUCUCCGAAGGUCGAUGUCUAGCUCUGUGCUUCCAAUUGCUGAGGGUGACGAAUCUGCUGGUCAGUCUCCCCCGGGCCUGGCACAUAGCUAUGCAUCAUCGCUUGCCCAUCGAGAUCAUGUGCAUGACUUCUCGCGGCAUUCAACACCACUGGGGAGCCUUGAAGAGGAUCCCUCACAGUCCCUUGGCAUGGUGACUUCCACCGAAGCCAUGCCCGGCCUCAUGGCUGAUAUGCACCCGGGAUCCCUACAUGGAAGUUCAGCCGUCAGGCUGGAAAGGCCAGGCCCGAUCCGAAGAGCACGGAGUGCAACAAUGAUGGAGCUUGGUGUACCCUACAAGUCUCACUCUUGCCCAAUCCCAAGCUGUGGCCGGCUAUUCAAGCGCCUCGAGCACCUGAAGCGCCAUGUGCGUACCCACACGCAAGAACGUCCCUAUGUCUGCCCGUAUUGCAACAAGGCCUUCUCGCGGUCUGACAACCUCGCCCAGCAUCGUCGCACUCAUGAGUCUCAACAAGAUGGUCAACCAGUACAAGUGACCAGCGAAGAGGAGCUUGAGAACGAAGAGAACGAAUUUGGUUCAAUGGACGAACUUUCUUCCCCUGACGAAGUCACCAGGCCAUCAAGUGUGUCUGGCAUGAUGGCUAUGUCGAUGCCUCCACCGUCUACACUGGUCAUGCACACCAUGUCCCACUCGAUGGCACCCAGCCAACUUGUUCAACCCUCGAUGUUGCAAAAUCUGUGA